UGCGUCCGUAAUAAUGAGGAAACAUCGGGUACAAUAUUUGUCCGCAAGGCAGCGGUAGUGUUAGAAAGUUCUGAUUUUUAGAACAUGUUUUAAUGUAAACAUUAGAUUGUGUUAUUGAAUGUUGUUGUUGUCAUAGUUAACAAAUAAGCGUUUUAUAAAAUUCAAAAUGGUUAAAAAUUGUGCUGUGGUGAAUUGUAAAAACAGCAAAAAUAAUAAAAAAUGUAAAAAAGAUUUACAACAGGAUAAAAACUCCUUAUUUAAGCUGCCAAAAGACCCUGAUAUUGUUAGACAAUGGAGUCAUAUUUUGGGACAAGAUUUAGUGUCAGAUUCGAAAGUUGAGAUUUUUAUUUGUGAUUUGCAUUUUGAAGAAGAAUAUGUUCGUCGGAAAGAUAUUAUUAUUAUUCCUAAUCAAGAACCGUUUGUGUCUGAACGAAAGAAAAUAAUACUCAAACCUGGUGCCAUCCCAACAUUACAUAAAAAUAUUAGCUCAACAACACCUGUUACAAAUAUUUCUGUAAAUGCCAAUACAAACGAAAAUGAUAUAUUACAUUCAAGUCAAAUAUUGCAUGAUUAUGAAUGCAUAGAAGUCAACGAGGUUUUUGAUGACAAUUCAGUUGAACCUAAUAAUAUUGAACAAACUAGCCACAAUGAUCCCGAGUUAACUGCAAUCAAUUCAGAAUUUUCAAUUCAAGAAUUGAUAAAGAAUUUAGAAAUAAGAAUUUAACCAAAAAAAUGGAGCUGGGUUGAUGACCAUCUCGAUUUACCGGCAGUAAUUCUUUGUUGCUUAGAUUACAUAUCGUAUGAUGUAAAGAUUCGUGUAAAAAUCGAUAAGACUCUUAAUAUACUUGUAACUAAUGUUAAACUUAAUAAAUCAACAAAUAGUGAUUAUAUACUUAGUAGUAUGGAAAGCUUUUGGACAUUUUUAAAAGAUUUGGAGACUUCUCAAAUGUGUAGCGGCACAGGAUUUGAUAGUCAGAAGUCAUCAGAAACAUGCAUAGUAUUUUUGAAAGCUGAUCAACAAUAUAAAAAACAGGCGGGAAUAUAUAGAUGUUAAAAGUUGCAGGAAC